AUGUCCGUUCCGGAUCGUUUCGAAAAUGUGAAAAGACUUUCUCUCUGCAUAAUCUGCUUAUCUAAAAAUCAUAAAGUUACUCAGUGUACAUCUACUUUCAAAUGCAAGAUUUGUUCACGGUCUCAUCUUACAUCAAGUACGUUUUCGUUAUCGCCAGCACCUCAACCUACGGUGCAAACUACAUCAGCUGUUGAUAACUUACCUAUGCUUCAAAAAACAUUGCUUGGUUGGGUUGUGUCAGGGAAGUAUAAUUCUGACACUCCAUUUUCAACUAAAUCUUCUGCUUUCUUACUUUCUUGUGAAGAAGCCAUUAAUUUCAAUCUCGAACAGUUGUGGAAAUUAGAUGAAAUUAGUUCUACACCUAAGCUGACUGAUGAAAAAUAUAAUUGCGAAACUGAAUUUUGUAACACUGUUUUACGUAAUGCUAGUGGACGUGUAGUAGUUCGAUUACCAUUUAAGGAUACAUUAAGUUCACUUGGACUUUCACGAGAUAUCGUUUUUCGAAGAUUCACUGCAUUGGAACGUCGCUUAUCACAUAUGCCAGAAAUAAAGGCACAAUAUGUUGCAUUUAUGAUUGAAUAUGAAAAUCUUGGACAUAUGACCCGGAUCGAAGGACCUGAUCUUCGUACAUCCCACUGCUAUAUACCUCAUCAUUGUGUGCUCAAGCCAAAUAGUACUUCUAAAAAGCUUAGAGUUGUAUUCGACGCCUCAUAUCGUACUACAACGCAAAAAUCACUUAAUAGCAUUCUUAUGGUUGGUGCUACAAUUUAG